CUUCCACGUUGAAAUUCUGCUUGGGUGAAGUUCCCCAUAACGGAAGCAUCACGAUACUACAAUUCAUUCAGGAGUUUACUGGACGCGAUCGCUCAUCUGGACGCAGAUCAAGGGGACGUUGCGAGCUCUCUGCUGCCAUGAGUGGUCUGUUUGCCUGUGAGGAGCCAGCCACAUGGAGGAGUGUGUAUGAGAAGUACUGGGAUGUUGUGGAGGCCAAGGCCAAAGGCAAGAAACCUGGAAAGCUGCUGAACCUUGACAAGUGGUACCAAGAGGAGCUGCCCAUACUCAUUUCAAGUCGACCUGACAAACAUGUCACUCUGUCAGAGCUAGUGAAACUGAUGGAGUGGAAACUCACUAGAGGUAAGUUCAGGCCGAGGCUGCAGCAGCUGGUGGCGUCCAACAGUGAGGAUACUGUGGAGAAAUGCUCAAGAAAGGCCUUCAGCCUCCUGCCUGAUGUGCAGGCAGCAAUUGCAGAGCUCAGCUCCCUGAAAGGAGUCGGCCCAGCCACCGCUUCAGCUGUGUUGGCGGCAGGAGCUCCAGAACAGACUGCAUUCAUGUCUGAUGAAGCCAUGGAGAGUGUACCGGGACUAAAGCCCAUCCAGUACACAGCCAAGCAUUAUGCUCUGUACCUGGGCAAGAUGGUUGAGCGGACUGAAAAGCUAAACAAAGUGGAUCGCCAGCAGGACUGGACACCCCACAGGCUGGAGCUGUGUUUGUGGGCGUUGACCAUAGCCACUCAGCAGCAGCUCCCACUUGUACAGGAUGUUAAUGUGAAGGGCAGCGGCGCGGCGAAGAAGUGCCCAGACCCUGACGCUGACCAGAGACCAACAAAGAAGCUCAAAACAAGAUGAAAAUUUAAACUAUUAUGAAUGUUUUUUUGUGUUUAAUGUUUGUCAGUUUUUGUAUUUUUCCAAAAUAAUAAAGACUUUACACAAAAGAGUA